CCUCGUUCUUCGGUUCAAAACCCAACCAAAACCGCGAGUCACCUUGGCAGGACGAUCACACUCGUGGCCACCAAAGAUCCGUACACUCCUUCAAGUCAUCCAUCUCCCGGUCUCGCGGGAAGCUUCCUCCGUUGGUGCAAAUCCCAGCUAGACAAGAACCAAAAACAUGAGCCAAAAUCAGGCGCGAAAAUCUCCCGCCAUUUCUGCGCCCGCUCCACAGAUCGCGGAUCCAGCAGUGUGGCAGCUGCGCGUGGCCAUCCUGCGUGGCAGCAAGCCUAGCGAUGCAGAUCGCAUGAUUGACAUCCGAGUGCCCGUCGCCGAUCCCAGCCAGCCGCUGCUGUUCAGCGCACUGCGUGAAGCAUUGGAGAACGACCGUCCCGUGGAGGCCAAGUACCGCGAAUCGCCCAUCUUCAAGUUCUACAACACGGCAACCAAUACGUGGUAUGAAGAUGAGGAACCCGUCGUCGCCAAGGUGGUGCAUACGUUUGCCGGUUUCCGAGGCGCGGGUGUCACCAAGCAAAAAACCAAGCCAAAGAUUAGCUCUUGGCGAAAGCUGCACCUGGCGGCUGAGCGACGAGCCCAGCAAGCACUCAAAGCCAAGCAAACAUUACCGGAGGCGCAGCCGCCGCCACCACCAGCAGAAGCUGAGGCUGAAGCAUCACCGGCAGUGGUUGAAGCUCCUCUCCGUCCUGAGCCAGUCGUUUGA